UAAAAGCACAGUGCACGUUUCCAGCGUCAGUCAGUCAGUUUUUGUAAGCCCCGAGUGGCAUUUCCAUUUCCAAUACUUUGUUGUUUGCCCAAAGAAAAUCCGCCGAAAUACUCACCAAAAUGUUCCAAGCCAGAACCGUUUGCCUGCUGCUCGCCCUCAGCCUUUUGGCCAUGUUCUUUGUCGGAUCUGAGGCCCUGCCACGCCCACAGGAGGGUCGUGAGGAGGGCGGCGAUCAGGAGGCGAAUGUAGAGGCUGAGGAGAAGGAUCUGGAGGGAGCUGCAUCCUUUGGAUACGGAUACUACUCGUCACCCUACUUGGGUGGCUACUACGGCGGAUAUUGGCCACAUUACAGCGGCAGUUACUACGGAAUUGGUUAUCCAUACUAUGGAGGUUACUACGGAUUGCAUCAUCACCAUGGGCACUAUGGACACUACUUCUAGGAAGGGUUCUUAACCCAACCAGAAAUAAAUACUUUUACAGCCUCAGUAGAACUCUAUCAGCACCAGACAUCUAUCAGCACUAGAAAAAAUAGUACAUUUAGUAAUAGAAGCCGACAGAGAAUAGCCAUUAAUAGCCAGCACUAGACUCAAUAGCCAGACGAUGCGUUCUUGACCGGAUAGCGAACAGAUUAACUGCACUGCCCCUUGGGCGAGGAUAAUUGCUUCAAUAAAGCAUAAAAUCACAAAAAAAAGAGUACAACCAACUAAAUAUUACAUAAAUAAAUGUUAUACUUUGUACAAAUUAAUGCCUGCGUGCUUGAUGGCU